UUCACUUUCGUUGUGGUUCUCAUUUAAACGGUUGGGCGGGGGGGGAGUGCUCGGCUGUGCGUCUGCUCGUCUCUCGCUCUCUCCCUCUUUCUCUUUCUCUCUCGGCAAGAUCGUAGAGCGAAGGAAGAAGGAAGAGGAUUUUUUGGGUCUUCUCGGAAGGCAAUUAGAGUGUGAAGAUGGCAGAGAACGAGGAUAUUCAGCCUCUUGUGUGCGACAAUGGAACUGGGAUGGUCAAGGCUGGUUUUGCUGGUGACGAUGCUCCCAGAGCUGUUUUCCCUAGCAUUGUGGGUCGCCCACGUCACACUGGAGUCAUGGUUGGUAUGGGCCAAAAAGAUGCAUAUGUAGGUGAUGAAGCUCAAUCAAAGCGUGGUAUUUUAACUUUAAAAUACCCUAUUGAGCAUGGUAUUGUGACCAACUGGGACGACAUGGAGAAGAUCUGGCAUCAUACUUUCUAUAAUGAACUCCGAGUUGCUCCAGAAGAACACCCAGUGCUCCUUACUGAAGCACCUCUUAACCCCAAAGCAAAUCGUGAAAAGAUGACCCAAAUCAUGUUUGAAACAUUCAAUUCCCCUGCUGUCUAUGUUGCUAUCCAGGCUGUCCUCUCCCUCUAUGCUAGUGGUCGUACUACAGGUAUUGUGUUGGACUCCGGAGAUGGUGUCAGCCACACCGUUCCAAUUUAUGAAGGUUAUGCUCUCCCACAUGCAAUACUGCGUCUUGAUCUUGCUGGACGCGAUCUAACCGAUGCAUUGAUGAAGAUCCUGACUGAGAGGGGCUACUCUUUCACCACCACUGCUGAACGGGAAAUUGUGCGUGACAUGAAGGAAAAACUUGCUUACAUUGCUCUUGACUAUGAGCAGGAACUUGAGACUGCCAAGACAAGUUCCACAAUUGAGAAGAGUUAUGAGCUGCCCGAUGGUCAAGUUAUCACCAUUGGGGCUGAGCGCUUCCGUUGCCCGGAGGUGCUUUUCCAGCCUUCAAUGAUAGGAAUGGAAGCAGCAGGAAUUCAUGAGACCACAUAUAACUCAAUCAUGAAGUGCGAUGUGGAUAUCAGGAAGGAUUUGUAUGGAAACAUUGUCCUUAGUGGUGGGUCCACCAUGUUUCCAGGUAUUGCAGAUCGCAUGAGCAAGGAGAUCACUGCCUUGGCACCGAGCAGCAUGAAGAUUAAGGUGGUUGCACCACCUGAGAGGAAAUACAGUGUCUGGAUCGGUGGUUCUAUCUUGGCAUCCCUAAGCACAUUCCAGCAGAUGUGGAUCUCCAAGGCUGAGUACGAUGAGUCUGGGCCAUCAAUUGUGCACAGGAAGUGCUUCUGAUUGCUGCAAACAAGAAUGGGAGGUUACUACUAGAUGAAUUUGCUGAUUGGUUUUCGCUUUUCCAUUUCUGGUCAUGGAUAAUAUGUUGUAUGGAUGUCCCAAUGGAAAAUGUGGCCAAUUUUUUCUUUUUCUUCUGUUUUGCCUUUCAAUGAGUCGAAGGAAUUGCAUAAACUGGAUACUUCUGGGGAGGCGUCUUAAGUUGUUUCUGGUUUGGAUAAUAUGGUCUAGUUAUUUGUAUUCAGUUUAUUUCAAUCAAAAGCACCAAAAAAAUAAAUGAAUAUAUUGGUAUUCGGAGCACA